AUGGAGCCCAGAUCAUGUCAAAGUGGGUGGGUGCUAGGGGGCGUGCGAUUGCCAGCCAGCCCAACCCUACUGAUCGACAGCACCUACCUUGUCGGGCUAGAUGGAGAGUUGCCAUACUCUUCUCUCUCUUUGAGACCACUUGAGAAUACUACCUUACGUAUAAACGUACCUUCAAAAGCAGAUGCCCGCCCAACGUCCCGCAAGCAGUGCCGGGUCCCCCAGAAGAUGCAUACCCAUGCCCAUGUAACGGGUAUCCGUAGCCCGCCUAGCUACAGUAGCUCAGUUUCCGGGGAGGGUUUCGCGUUUGAACAGAAAAGAACACGGCGCGGGCGCCAGACGCGACUUCUGACCAGCGCGGGCAACUUGGUUUCCGGGGCGAGGUGCGUCGUCUCUGCGGCUGCUGCUGCUUGCUGGAAACGCGGCUCGAGGAGCCCGGCUGCACGCUUCGCGAAUCCAAUCUCAACACGAUGCGAAAAUGCAGGUUGA